AUGGCAUGCCCAUUCGUGCGAGAUGUGGUGGAUGAAGAAGCACUUGUGCUGAGGAGAGCCUUCAGGCGAGAAAGGGUCUUCAGGGACCGGUUGGACCCACUGGCCUUCCCUGACGACCAUCUAUAUGAAAGAUACAGGUUUUCUGCAGAUGGCAUCAGUGGAGCCUUCCUGUACUCAGUGGGGGAUGCAGAACAGCUGAACAAGGCCACAAUUUGCCGCACAAUAAGGAGUGUGUGUCUGGCUAUCAAAGCAUUAGCAGAUGUCUUCAUCUCCUUCCCUGGCCACAGAAGACUCUGUGACAUCAAAGAGGAGUUCUAUAGGAUUGCAGGUUUCACCAAUGUCAUUGGUGCAGUGGACUGCACACACAUAAGGAUAAAAGCCCCCUCAGGUGCCCAUGAGGCCGAUUUUGUGAAUAGGAAAUCCUUUCACAGCAUUAAUGUUCAGAUGGUCUGCAAUGCUGACUGUGUGAUCAGCAAUGUUGUGGCAAAAUGGCCUGGCUCAGUCCAUGACUCCAGAAUCUUUCGGGCCUCUGAAAUCUAUCAGUGCCUAUCACAAGGUGAAUUCUCUGGUGUGUUGCUGGGAGACAGGGGGUAUGGCUGCCAGCCUUUUCUCCUGACACCUUUCACAGACCCCCAGGAAGCACAGCAGGCCUACAACCAUGCCCAUGCCAGGACCAGGGCCAGAGUUGAAAUGACCUUUGGCCUCCUGAAGGCACGCAUUCACUGCCUUCACAAAUUAAGGGUCAGCCCUGUUAGGGCAUGUGAUAUUACAGUGGCUUGUGCUGUCCUCCACAAUGUGGCCUGCCUGAGGAAGGAGAGGGCCCCCAGAGUGCCACCAGCCAUGGACUGGAACAAUCCGGCAAUCUUCCCUGAUGACGACAGUGGUCGGCUGCUGAGGGACCAAUAUGUGUUGAAUUAUUUUAGUUAG